UGACACUGACAUUGACAUUUGACAUUGAAGAUUAUUGUGUAACCAAAACACUAUGAUCACAUUCCUGUUUUACUAAAUUAAAAAAUUCUUAUAUUUAUAUAGUAUAAUAAUUACAGAUAUGUUAAGUACAAAAAAGACGAGACUUAUUUCUGGAGUUUUACGUACCUUUACUACGACGCCUAGGACCACAGCUAGUCAUUACGAUGUGCUUGGAGUCACGCCGAAAGCUACACAGAGUGACAUAAAAUCGGCCUAUUAUAAACUUUCUAAGCUUUAUCACCCGGACACGUCGAAGGAUGAAGAAUCAGCAAAAAAAUUUAGAGCUAUAGCGGAAGCGUAUAAAGUUCUGGGAAAUUUAAAACUCAAGAAAAUGUAUGAUAAGGGUCUUCUUGUUGGUGUAGAGAAUACUACUCGUAUGGAUUUUAAACCAGAUGACGAACCUACAGAUCCAACUGUAAAGUUCUACAAGUCUCGUCAAACAAGAAAUAUUAUACCUACUAUGGACGGCAGGACACCCAUUUAUGAUUUUGAUACAUGGUCUAAAAAUCACUAUGGUGAUUUAUUGAAGAAGAAAAAAUAUGAAAAAAACUUCAUCCGGCAGCAAGAAAUAAAAAGGACUAAUGUUUCUCACGAUAUCAGUCAAGAAAUUGUUAUGUAUGGAAUGAUUGGAAUAAUAAUACUUUUUAUGAGUUUUCUAGCAUAUGGACAGACGGAUUACGAUAUGAAUAAUAUUGAUGAACGAAAAAUAUCUAAGCCACAAUCGACAAGUAAUUUAGAACUGGAUAAACCAUCUAAUAGCUAAAUUAUAUCAUAUAAAUAGUUAACUUAUUUUAAAGAAAUCAUUACUUAUCAUUAGUAUUUUUAUUAAAAAAUUAUCAAAAUGUAUAUA